GGUGUGGUUCGGCUUGUUUUCAGCAGCGGAUGCAGUUUCAGCUGAGAGCUUCCAGAGGAGAGGUCAUUGAAAGCAGCAGCACCCAGUAGAUUAAGCAGUGAUGUCCUCCAGACCCAAAGGGAGCCCCCCUCCAUAUGAUGAGGAUCAUGAGUUCAAUGGAGUUCCUCAGCCAGCCUAUUCUUACUUCCCUGAUGAUGAGUUCCAGCACCUCUAUCGCUGGUCGUCGCCUCCGGGAAUCCUUAAAAUUAUGGCCAUCAUUGUCAUUGUUCUCUGUGUGGCCAUCUUCGCCUGCGUUGCCUCCACGCUGGCGUAUGACAGUCAGGGGGCCAUGUCUGGCUUCGGAGGCAUGUAUGGAGGAGGAGGAGGAGGAAUGUAUGGAGGAGGGGGAUACGGCUCCAGCUUCGGAGGUAGCGCCUAUGGAGCCGGAAGCAACUACGGAUAUGGCUCGAUUGGGGGGAACUACAAUGACCCGCGGUCAGGAAAAGGCUUCAUGAUUGCAAUGGCAGCCUUCGUCUUCAUCUUCGCCAUAAUCGUCUUCAUCAUCGUCGUGUCUCAUCAGAGCCUGUCACAGAGCAGGAAGUUCUACUUGGCAGUGUUGAUCAUCUGUCCCAUCCUGGCUCUGCUCAUGCUUAUUGCCACCAUCGUGUACCUGGUGGCGGUGAACCCAACAGCCCAGGCCUCAGGGUCGGUUUACGGCAACCAGAUCGCUGCUUUGUGUGCUCCGUACCAACAACAACAAAUGCAAGGAGUACUCAUGAACCAGUACCUUUACCACUACUGCGUGGUGGAGCCGCAAGAGGCCAUCGCUGUGGUGUUUGGCUUCCUGGUGACUGCAGCUUUGAUUAUCAUGCUCGUCUUCGCCCUGAAGACUCGGCAGAGGAUCCAAAAGUACGGCAAAGGCAACAUCCUGUGGAAGAGAGUAAAGAUUGUGGACGAGCUUUCACCUCCGGAGGAUGUCGAGGCGUGGGUGAACAAUGUGUCCGUUCCCCCUGAAGAAGCUCCCAUUGCAGACUAUCCUGAGAGGCUGAGAGGCUCCAGGAGUUACCUGGAUGAUGAGAGCAACUAUGACAAGCCUCCUUUGAACUACACCCCACAACCUGUGGUUGAGAAUCAACCUUUGCAGAAUGGCGCUCCUUCUGGCAGCAGCUCGGAGCUUGCUAGCUCCUCAGGACGGCCCAAAAAGAGGCGCCCAGGACGGCCGCGCCGCGCCGACGGACAGGACUACGAAACGGACUACAACUCCUCUGGGGACGAGCUGGACGACAACGACUUUGACAGUGAGUAUCCCCCAAUAACAAGUGAGCAGCAGCGCAACAACUACAAGCGUGAAUUUGACCGCGACCACCUGGAGUACAAAGAACUGCAGGCGGAGCUGGACACCAUCAACAAGGACCUGUCCAAUCUGGACAGAGAGCUGGACGAGCUGCAGGAGGGAAGCCCACAGUACCUGGAUGUCCUGGAUGAGUACAACAAGAUAAGGGCCCUUAAAAAGACUGCAGAUUAUCAAGUGAGGAAGCGGCGGUGUAAAUAUCUGAAGCACAAACUGAACCACAUCAAGAAGAUGGUCAGUGAUUACGACCGCAGUGGCUGAACAUCUGGACCGAUAAUCCUGUACAUCAGCGAACAGAAAGAACUCCUGAAAUCCGGAUGGACACUCGUGGCAGGGCAGCCUGCUGCAAAGAACAAAGCUUCGAGAAAUCUAUGAUGAACAACUAAAAGUUGGAACCGCAUUGUUGUGUUUUAGCACCGCAGAAACCCUUUCUUUUUCUUGUAUUUUGUCGUUGUUCAUACCGUGAGUGAUUAUUAUCACACAUAUUUAUUGUCUUAUUAAAGAUUUUGCAGCUUUUAUCUGGAGUGAACAAACAAAUGCUAUGUAAUGCAUAGUUUGGGUGGAUUUUGCUGCAACGGAUUCAUCUUAGCUCAUUACUUUCUUUAGUUUUAUCAUUUUACUGUACAAUGACUGUAAAUAUGUGGAAACGGGUUUUGGUUUUUAAGGGUUCCUUGUUUAGCAUAACAGUAAAUGUCAAACACUGAUCUAUUUUUUCCUCUUUUUUCCUCCAAUUAUUAUUGUUUUUAUUUCUAUAAAGCAUUGUAUUGAACACUUUUUAAACUAAGAAACACAUUUUAAACACUCACAGUUAGCAGCAGAAUUUCACAUGUAUUUAUUUGUGUUUGAAACUUUAAUGUGAAGAUUUUUUUUCUACAGCAGCAUUCACACAUUUUAUAACAUUAGUAUUACAAUGCGAUGUAAAUUGGUGCCUCCUGCUAACCUCUUGUUGUAGAGACAUAACUGCUACGCCUUUUCUAAUCCUUGACACAACGUCAUGAAUUGUUUUGUAAGUGAUAACAUUUGAAGGAAAUCAUUAAAUACAGUCUUGAAAUAAGUACCAGGUGUCUGUAAAGCAUUCAUU